AGUAUGAAGGAGAUGGUAGGAGGCUGCUGCGUAUGUUCGGACGAGAGGGGCUGGGCCGAGAACCCGCUGGUCUACUGCGAUGGGCACGCGUGCAGCGUGGCCGUCCACCAAGCUUGCUAUGGCAUCGUCCAGGUGCCAACAGGACCCUGGUUCUGCCGGAAAUGUGAAUCUCAGGAGCGAGCGGCCAGGGUGAGAUGUGAGCUGUGCCCACACAAAGAUGGGGCAUUGAAGAGAACAGAUAAUGGAGGCUGGGCCCAUGUGGUGUGUGCCCUCUACAUCCCUGAGGUGCAGUUUGCCAACGUCCUCACCAUGGAGCCCAUCGUCCUACAGUAUGUGCCUCAUGAUCGCUUCAACAAGACCUGUUACAUCUGUGAGGAGCAAGGCCGGGAGAGCAAGGCUGCCUCAGGAGCCUGCAUGACUUGUAACCGCCAUGGAUGUCGACAGGCUUUCCACGUGACCUGUGCCCAAAUGGCAGGCCUGCUGUGUGAGGAAGAAGUUCUGGAGGUUGACAACGUCAAGUACUGUGGCUACUGCAAAUACCACUUCAGCAAGAUGAAGACAUCACGACACACUGGCAGGGGGGCAGGAGGAGGAGGCACAGGGGGCAGCAGUGGCAGCAGCAGUGGCUUCAUCACCGGCCGGAGAAGCCGCUCAGCCUCUCCAUCCAGCCAACAGGAGAAGCACCCUGUCCACCAUGAGAAGGGCCAGAAGAAGAGUCGGAAGGACAAAGAACGCCUUAAACAGAAGCACAAGAAGCGGCCUGAGUCACCUCCCAGCAUCCUCACCCUGCCUGUGGUCCCCACUGCUGACAAGGUCUCCUCCUCAGCUUCCUCCUCCUCCCACCAUGAGGCCAGUGGUCAGGAGACCUCAGAGAGCAGCAGGGACUCAAAGGGGAAAAAGUCUUCCAGCCAUAACCUGAGUCACAAGGGGAAGAAACUGAGCAGUGGAAAAGGUGUGAGCAGUUUUACCUCCACCUCUUCCUCCUCCUCUUCCUCCUCCUCUUCCUCCUCCUCUGGGGGGCCCUUCCAGCCUGCAGCCUCGUCCCUGCAGAACUCCCCUGACUUCUCUGCAUUCCCCAAGCUGGAGCAGCCAGAGGAGGACAAGUACUCCAAGCCUGCAGCCCCCACCCCUUCAGCCCCACCCUCUCCCUCAGCUGCUGAACCCCCCAAGGCUGAUCUCUUUGAGCAGAAAGUGGUCUUCUCUGGCUUUGGGCCCAUCAUGCGAUUCUCCACCACCACCUCCAGCUCAGGCCGGACCCGGGCCCCUUCCCCUGGAGACUAUAAGUCUCCCCAUGUCUCGGGGUCCACGCCCUCAGCAGGCACCCACAAGCGGAUGCCCACUCUGAGCGCUGCCCCUGCUCCUGCUGAGGAGAUCCCAGAGACAAGCCUGAAGGAGAAGAAGCACAAAGCCAGCAAGAGGAGCCGACAUGGCCCAGGCCGUCCCAAAGGCAGCCGGAACAAGGAGGGUGCUGGGGGUCCCACCGCUCCUUCCCUGCCUGGUGCCCAGCUGGCUGGCUUCACCGCCACAGCUGCCUCGCCCUUCUCUGGAGGCUCCCUGGUCAGCUCUGGCCUGGGUGGCCUGGCCUCCCGUACCUUUGGGCCUUCUGGGAGUCUGCCCAGCCUAAGCCUGGAGUCCCCUCUGCUGGGGGCAGGCAUCUACACCAGUAAUAAGGACCCUAUCUCCCAUGGGGGUGGGAUGCUGCGGGCUGUCUGCAGCACCCCACUCUCCUCCAGCCUGCUGGGGCCCCCAGGAACCUCUGCUCUGCCCCGCCUCAGCCGCUCCCCAUUCACCAGCACCCUCCCCUCCUCUUCUGCUUCUAUUUCCACCACUCAGGUGUUUUCUCUGGCUGGCUCUACCUUCAGCCUUCCUUCUACCCACAUAUUUGGAACCCCCAUGGGCACCGUUAACCCCCUUCUCACCCAAACCGAGAGCAGCCACACAGAGCCAGACCUGGAGGACUGCAGCUUCCGGUGUCGGGGGACCUCCCCCCAGGAGAGUCUGUCUUCCAUGUCCCCCAUCAGCAGCCUUCCAGCACUCUUCGACCAGACAGCGUCAGCGCCCUGCGGGGGCGGCCAAUUAGACCCCGCAGCUCCAGGAACAACUAACAUGGAGCAGCUGCUGGAGAAGCAGAGCGAUGGCGAGGCCGGAGUCAACAUCGUGGAGAUGCUGAAAGCGCUGCACGCUCUGCAGAAGGAAAACCAACGGCUCCAGGAGCAGAUCCUGAGCUUGACGGCCAAGAAGGAGCGGCUGCAGAUUCUCAACGUGCAGCUCGCUGUACCCUUCCCCGCCCUGCCUGCCGCCCUGCCUGCUGCCAACGGCCCUGUCCCUGGUCCCUAUGGCCUGCCUCCCCAAGCCGGCAGCAGCGACUCCUUGAGCACCAGCAAGAGCCCGCCGGGAAAGAACAACAGCCUGGGCCUGGACAACUCGCUGUCCACGUCUUCUGAGGACCCACACUCAGGCUGCCCAAGCCGCAGCAGCUCGUCGCUGUCCUUCCACAGCACGCCCCCACCGUUGCCCCUGCUCCAGCAGAGCCCUGCUACUCUGCCUCUGGCCUUGCCUGGGGCCCCUGCCUCGCUCCCACCCCAACCACAGAACGGAUUGGGGCAGGCAGCUGGGGCAGCGGGGCUAGGGGCCAUGCCCAUGGCUGAGGGGCUGCUGGGAGGGCUGGCGAGCAGCGGGGCCCUGCCCCUCAAUGGGCUUCUAGGGGGGUUGAAUGGGGCUGCCGCCCCCAACCCUGCAGGCUUGAGCCAGGCUGGUGGGGCCCCCACGCUGCAGCUACCAGGUUGUCUCAACAGCCUAACCGAGCAGCAGCGACAGCUCCUUCAGCAGCAAGAGCAGCAGCUCCAGCAGCUCCAGCAGCUCCUGGCCUCCCCACAGCUGACACCGGAACACCAGACUGUCAUCUACCAGAUGAUCCAGCAGAUCCAGCAGAAACGGGAGCUGCAGCGGCUGCAGAUGGCCGGGGGCUCCCAGCUGCCCAUGGCCAGCCUGCUGGCAGGAAGUUCGACCCCUCUGCUGUCUGCAGGCACCCCUGGCCUGCUGCCCACAGCAUCUGCACCACCCCUGCUGCCGGCUGGAGCCCUGGUGGGCCCCUCACUAGGCAACAACACGAGCCUCAUGGCUGCAGCAGCUGCGGCUGCAGCAGUAGCAGCAGCAGGCGGCCCUCCAGUCCUCACUGCCCAGACCAACCCCUUCCUCAGCCUGUCAGGGGCGGACGGCAGUGGCAGUGGCCCCAAAGGAGGGACCGCUGACAAAGGAGCCUCAGCUAACCAGGAGAAAGGCUAA